AUGCCUGUCAGGAAUGGCGAGAAGAUGGAGAAGAGGUCUCAGAGUAAGAAGAGAGGGAGGACAUGCACAGAGACCAGCGAUAGGGAGCCUGGCUACAAAACCCCAUUGCUAUCAGCAGGAGAGUCGAAAGAGCCUGCAGAUGGGAAUCUGCAAAGUCCAAAGGUGCCUGGAUCCCAAAUCCCUGAAACUGUGGAGCAUCCUGGGACACCAGCCCCCUGGUCCAGACGGAGGGCAGACAAGCUCAAGCAGGAGCCGGAAGCAGGUGAUGGGUGGGUGUCCAAAGAUGCAGAGGCUUUGUCUGCAGUGGCUGUGGGAGGCAGAGAAGGAAACCACCAAACCCUGCAGGCAGAGAGCAUCACACUGGUUCAAAAGAAGGCAAAGCCUCUGUCCCUGGAGGAGCCAGACAGAGCCCAGGCAAAAGAUGUGCUUGAGAACUUCCUCAGUCACUUUCUCACCUAUCUGCAUGAUUGCCCAGACAGGCCUUACUUCAGGGACACCAGGGAACUCAUUCCAGGCAGCAGCUAUGAGUAUGAAAAGGUCUUUCAUCCAGGCGAGUUUGAGGUGAUGCUAAGCAUCCUUCUCCCACAGUAUGUCCAGUACGCUGAAGUGGAGGGUUAUGGCGGCCUCUUUUACACCCUGACCCUCUUGAGAAAGUCUCGCAGCUUCCCAGCAACACUCCUUCUGGAGGAUGGGAAGACCAUCUCCCCACGGAACAUCAUGGAGGAAUUCCGGAAAUACGUCGACCAGUUUCUUAAAGUUUCUUAUUCAGAUUGGCAGAUGAGGCUGGAGAAGAAGAAGUCAAACUGUCCAGCAGUUCAGCUUGUAAUGCUGGACAACCAAGGCGCCAAGUUCAUGUCCUUGAACCUCGUCCCUGCUCUGGAGAUGACUGGCCAAUGGCCAUGCAUGAAGAAGGCAAAGGAGCUGAUCAAGGGGAAAGAACUGCUUCACCUGAUGAAGGUGUUUUAUUUCAUACCCGAACAAUCCCCCGGGAGGCACAACAAAGAGACCUGGAGAAUUUCAUUCUCUCAUGUUGAAAAAGAGAUUUUGAACCUCAACAGCAGGUCCCAAGCGUAUCGCCAACACCACAAGACGAAGUGCUGCAGGAAAGACUGCUUGAAGAUGCUGGAGGACCUUGUGAAUGCUCUCAAGAUGGAAUACCCUCAAAUGUUGGCUCAUCUGAGUUCCUACCACAGUCGGACGUCCUUCCUGCACACCCUGUGGGAGUGGAAGGCCAAUAAAGACUGGAAGCCUUCUGAAGUUCCUCAGUGUUUCGAGAGGGUCUUGGCCAAUUUCAUCCACAAGGUGGCCACUGCUCACCUGACCCACUUCUUCCUACCCAAAUGCAACCUGUUUGGGGCAAAGUUCUUCCCACCCACAAAGCUGAAAUUCUUAUGGGUGCAGCUGAAGGAGAAGGAAGGAACGAUGAAGUCGUUCACUGUGUCCCGCAAGAGACGCUGUUCUGCCCAGAUUGUAAAUCCUGAUAUGACUUGGCCUCUCAUGAUUACCUUUGGCCUGAUAGUUUUAGUGUCAGUUGUUCUCCCACAAACUGCAACUUAA